CGAUGUCGCGAUAUUGAACCGGGUGCGUAAGAGAAGUCGCUGGCGUUAACGGAUCGACUCGUGAGAAUCCGGCUACUGUCCUAACUCAAACUCUCCGAAUCUGCAAACGACAGGCACGCAAUCGUCAUGCUUUCAGCUAUCCGUUCUGCUGCAAGGUACGCCAUCGAGAACAGACGUACCUUCUCUGAACCUUCUGCACGAUUCGUUCCGAACAUACGUGUAUUACAUGAUGUCGAUCUGGCGGAGGAAGAGGAGAAACACUUGACAGAAAGGACACCAGAUCGACAACGGAUUCGAAUCACUCGAGCCAAUGAGCAGAUGCCUGUGACGAACAAAUUCCCCUUCUCUCGCCUACGAAAAGAAAAAUUGCGCGCAGCGCAAAUUCCAAUGCGGCGUGCAUAUAUGUACAUAUACACCUGUACAUAUCUACGUAUACUUGAUGCUAUCGGGAAAAAAAUCAUACAGUUGCAUAUGCAUAUCCACUGCACGAUGCGAGGAUACGCAGCCUUGAAUAUCUCAUCACCUUGCGUGCCGCAGCUCGACGGUGGGCCCCCGAGUGUGCAUAAUUCUCCUUUCGAGCGACUUCACUGGAACUGGACACACACCCCCCAGACGCAAUGCGGAGACGAAAGGAACACAUGUUCCAUAAUUCCCAACAUGGUGAAGGUGACACGGAGAAACAAGUCGACAGAGAAAUUCUCCGACCGAUCGGCCUUGCGCAUAUCCAACCAACAGCAUGGAUCUGCAUCACUGCGGUGAUGCUCUGUGUACGUCCCUGUGUGUGGUGUAUGCGCGGGCAUUUGAUGACCGCCCGUACGUCGCUUGUAUGUCGCCCACUUGUCCUCUCGAUGGUGUGGCAUUUGUAUGACCGCGCCAAUCUUGUGGCCGUACUUGGGGUUUUCCCGCCGUAAAUCGCCCAAUCGCGUGUUGAGACGCGGAUGCUCGCUUUUCGCCUUCGGGAAAAUUGGCCAUAGUGGAUCCUCACCAACUUCCUCAGUCGCCGGCUGAUGCGCGCGAGAAGGGCUGCUGAGCUGGAGUAGAUCUAGUACGUCCUCGAGGCUGUCUCAGAAUCCGGCGCUGGGCUUUUCUCUGUGUGGAGCCUCGCAUGCAGGUGUCGAGACAUCGUGA